AUGGGUUUCUGGGACAGGAACGAAGACAACUACCAGCAGGUAUACGAGAAUGACAACUUCGAAGAGAACAAGUCAAGUCUGGGACACGAGAUGAUCGCUGGAGGAGCUGCUUUCGCAGGCUUCAAGGCAUUUGAAGACCACCAGCGCAAAGAAGGCAAGCCGGUAUCCCAUCAGUUCGCCAAAGAGCUUCUUGCCGGCUUCGCAGGCGCUGAGGUUGACAAGCUCGCCGAGACCAAGGGCGAGGACUGGUUCGACCGCGAGAAGGCCAAGCGCGACGCAGAGCAUCAUGCAGAGCGCAUGUACGACGAGCACUACAUCGACAACCAUGGCGCGGACCAGUACGACCCCCAGCAGUAUGGUCGCCCAGAGAAGUUUGAGAGGCGCGGGUGGUAG